AAGAUAAAGAAAAUUCCGGGAAAAGAAGAAGUGAAAUUGCUAACCUAGAUAUUAGUUAUAAAAAUUUGGAAGGUCAUCUUGACUUAACUGAUUUUGUUAAUUUGAAGAAACUUGUUUGUUCUAAAAAUAAGUUAACCUCUCUUAAUUUAGUUAACUGUCAACAGUUAGAGAGAAUUGUUUGCUCUGAUAAUCAACUAACUAUUAUCACUUUACCCUCUAAUCCUACCAAUUUAAAAAAAAUAGAUUUAAGUAAUAAUAACUUCCCCGAACAAGACUUAUCUUUUUUAACUCCUUAUAUUAAUUUAGAAGAACUUGAUUUAAAAAACAAUAAUUUCAUUGGUUCCCUAGAUUAUUUAAGUGUGAUGAAAGAGUUGAGAAAUCUUGAUAUUUCUAAUACUGAUAUAAAUGAAGUAAACAUAGAUAAAUUACCUAAAAAAUUUACCAAUAUCGAAUAUCUAGCCUCAGGAGGUUUUAGCAAAAUAUAUAAGGCUAAGUGGGAAAAAUGUGAAGAUAAGUUAAAUAAAGAAAAAAUAAUUGUUCUCAAAGUUCUUACUGAUUCUCAAGAAAUUACUCUAGAUUUUCUAACCGAGAUUGCCAAUACUAAAUUGGUUGAAAAAAAUGGUUUUUUUGAUAAUAAUAACAUUGUAAAUUGCCACGGCAUUUCCCAAGACCCCCAAACUAAGAAUUAUAUAAUGGUGAUGCAAUAUGUGGAAAAUGGUAAUCUGAGACAAUGUUUGCAACAAAAGCGCGGGAAAUUAUGUUUUACAGAUAAACUUGACAAUUUAAGUGGCAUUGUCAAUGGGUUGAGUAGUAUGCAUAACCACGGCUUAGUUCAUCGAGAUUUUCAUAUAGGCAUACAAUAUAGUGAUUGUUGUAUCACUGAUUUAGGCUUAAUGGCUUAUGAGUUAUUGGCUAAUUCUUAUCCUUAUCCGCCAAUGGACGAGACGGAAUUAGUUUUGAAAGUAUGUGAUAAAGAAAAACCAUUGCGGCCUAAUAUAGAUGAGUUAAAAAUAAUACCUCAGAUUUUAAAAAAUUUAAUUAAAAAGUGCUGGGAUUCUGACCCACUGAAAAGACCAAGUGCCGAAUGGUUAAAGAAUUUUUUUAUUAGAGAUUUAUACGAUAGAGGUAAUGUCGGAGGAAAAUCAAGUGUUAACCAAUAUCACGAAAUAAAAUUCGAUUACAAUAAUUUUUCUCGCAUUACUCCUUAUAAAAUCCAUCCUACUGCCCAAUUAACUAGCAAGAUGGUAGAUACUAGGGAAAUUAUAGAGUUAAUAGCUAAGUGCGAACUAGAAAAUCAAGCUUCUGAGGAUUCAGAUUUAGUGAUUGAGUGGGCUAGCGAUAAUCAACAACAAUCUUUCCUUCAAACCCAAAAUCAAACCUUUUCGAAGAAUAAGCGAAAAAAUCAAAGCAUAUUUUCUAACGAACAAAAUGAAGGAAAAAUUAAACAAACAAGGACAAAUAAAGAAUUAACUGAUGUGGUAAAUCAAUUAAGUUUACCUUAUGAACAAAUUGCUCAAUUCAAAAUUUUAGAACUUACCCAAUUCAUGUUUGCCAAAGAAACUUCAGGAACAAAAGAUAUCGAAGCGUCAAUAAGUUUCCCUACUUUACUUAGUGAAUUAACUGGUUUUAAUGGUAAAUUAGUCCUGCUCGUUUAUGAAAGAGUUACUCAGAACUUUUAUCACUGGGAUACUUUAAAUGGUAGUCCUAAUCAUGGUUAUAUUAAGCCCUUAGUAAGAGAUUUACUCCAACAAUUAAAUCAAACUAAUAAUCCUAAUUUAGACAAACACCUAGUUUUACGAGAUGAAAUUAAACAGCCUAAUACUUGA